GCUCCACAGCUGCACCUACCAUAACUUACAUAACUCUAGAACCGCCAGAAGAAGAAGAAACAGAGAUCAGCAAUCAUGGGCGUUAGUGAGAAAAUCAAAGAAAUUGAGGAGGAGAUGCGGAGGACCCAGUUAGUCUUCUUCCUUCACUGCAUACUCCCCUGCCACCUGCAACCUCGCUGACAAAGUACACCUUUUAAAAAUGCAGGAAGAACAAGGCAACAGAAUAUCACCUUGGGCUGCUGAAAGGCAAACUCGCACGCCUCCGUGCCCAGCUUUUAGAACCAGCACCAGGAGCAGGGUCUGGAGGAGGUACCGGCUUCGACGUGUCCAAAUCCGGCGGUACUCACCUCUCCCCCUCAAGCAGCUCUUCCGGUAUGAAUCAAGAACUGAUAUGAUAUCACCAAGAUGCCCGAAUUGCCCUCGUCGGCUUUCCAUCAGUUGGGAAAUCCACGCUCUUGUCAAAAAUCACAAAGACCAAGUCGGAGGUAGCGGCCUAUUCGUUCACAACCCUCACCGCCAUCCCCGGCGUGCUCGAAUAUGGUGGUGCCGAGAUACAGAUCCUGGAUCUUCCCGGGAUCAUUGAGGGCGCGGCGGAGGGCAAGGGGAGAGGGAGACAGGUCAUUUCGGCGGCGAAGACUAGCGACUUGAUAAUGAUGGUGCUGGACGCCACGAAGAAGGCGGAACAGAGGGCGCUACUGGAGAGGGAGUUGGAGGCAGUGGGUAUUAGGUUGAAUAGGGAGCCACCGAAUAUCUACCUCAAAGCGAAGAAGGCUGGUGGGAUGAAGUUGAGUUUUAUGAGCACGCCAAAGAAUUUAGAUGAGAAGGUUUGUCUCACAUGUUGUCGAGGAAAGAUGGGUGUGGAGGGGGAAUUAAUUGGGGUGUUUGGUAGAUGAUAUAUAACAUCCUGAGAGACUACAAGAUGCUCAAUUGCGAGGUGCUGAUUCGGGACGAGAAUGGUACUAUCCUCUCUCCACUUAUGCCCUCUAUCAAGGGCUGACAAAUCUAGCGACCGUCGACGAUUUCAUAGAUGUAAUCAUGGCCCCUCACCGCCGCUAUAUAAAAUGGUACCAUCUCCCCCCAUUACCCCUUCCCACCUGCCUCCCCUGCCUCCCUCUUUCUGCUCCCUAAACUAACACCUCCAACCUAGUCUCUAUGUCUACAACAAAAUAGAUUGCAUAAGCAUGCAAUUUCUCGACCAACUGGCGCACGAGGACCACACCGUUGUCAUGUCCUGCGAGCUGGACCUGGGCAUCACCGACGUCGUGGACCGGGCCUGGCAGGAGCUAAACCUAAUGCGCAUCUACACAAAGCGCAGAGGUGUACAGCCUAACUUUUCCGAAGCCCUGAUCGUGCGACAGGGCGCGACGGUUGAGGACGUGUGUGAUCAAGUACAUCGCAGUCUCAAGGAGAGCUUCAAGUACGCACUUGUUUGGGGCGCUAGUGCUCGGCAUGUGCCGCAAAGGGUUGGGUUGGGACAUGUGGUAGCUGACGAGGAUGUUAUUUCUAUAGUUACGAAGUGAUUGUGAUUGCAGUGGGGGAGAGGAGGGAAAACAAGUUGGAUGGGGAAGUGAAAAGUCUAAAAACCGAAUGCUUAUUAGAUACAAUGUCGUGAUAAUAUGGAUGAAGCUAUGGUGAAAACGUAGAAAAGGGAGAAAAGGAAAAAAGAAGCGCAAGAAUCCUGGUGCGCACUUUCUUCAUGUUUUGUGUCAUAUCAAUCUUCAAGAUGGACUUUGCCUCUUCGUUUCUCGAGAAACUUCACACCGCCCAACCUCUAAUUCUGCCACUCUCCCACAAGAAAACAGGCAGAAGAAACUUACCCUCCCCGCCCCCGGGGCUAUAAUUGCUAAAGCUCAGUUUUCAGCCUCAUCCCCCGCCCCCUAAUCGCCCCGGACGCAACGUCAUCUACCUCCCCGGCGCGACCAUCAACAACAGGCAUAACCUCCAGCGGCGCCUCCACAAACCCCUCCAACCCCAACCACCCAGCCAAGAACGCGGCAGUAAGCCUCGCCCAAUCCUUAACGGUGGGUAUAU